UUUAAUUCGUCUUUUAUUUAAAGCUUAGAUGUUUUUCCUUCAGAUAGUAAUUUCUAUUGAAUGUUCUCUCUUUGUGUAGUUGUGAAUAUAAAGAAAAAUAAACAACGAAUUGAAAGGAGAUGUAACCGAAAUGCAGAUCCCAUCUGCAUAUUGGCGCGAUUAUGACGUAACUUGUUUCAAAAUACAAUUGGAUUUAAUCACCUACAACAUAAAAACAAUGUUACACUAAUAAAAAAUGGAUUCAAGAAAGUCUCAGCAAGUCAACAGGCAAGAAGUUGAUUUUCAGAAAAAAACAGAGGAUGCAUUUCCCUCAAGGUUUCAUAAAAAUAAAGCUUGUUGUGGACUGUUGGCUGUUGAUGAAAGUCGCUGUAAGGACCAAUGUGAAAACCACGUAGAGUCAUCAUUUGACACUCAAAUUGCAGAAAAUUCUUCAAAAAAUGUUUCAAAAGAACUUAAAUCCCAAGAUCACAUUUCCCCGAAAGAUAAACAAAUAUCAGAUGAAUUAAGGAAGACAGAUGAAAAUAUUAAUAAAUUUCAGAAUAUUAAAAAAUCCCAGUCUGUAGAAAAUUUAAAAAAAAAUUCUGAAAUAAAUUUAACGAAUAAAUGUUUAUAUACAAAUUUAAAUGCAAGUCCUAAGGAAAAAAAUGCCUUGGAUGAACGAGCAAUGUUUAUUAAAUUUCAUUCUCUGGAAUUGUGCGCUGAUAAAUUAUGUAGUUUACACAUACAUGAAAAAUGUUCUACUGAUAUCCAUAAAUGCGUAGUCGAUUCCGAAUCGAAUAAGCCAAACAAAGUGGAAAAGUGCUUAGAUUAUGAAAGCGUUAAAAGGUAUCCUUGUAAAGUUUCCAAUGAACCACUUGAACAUAAUACGGCAUCAAAACCUCAAAUCUUAUACGAGACUCGUCCUAUCUACCCGAAUGUACCGUAUAGCCCUUAUAGUACUCCUUUCAGUAGUCCUCGAUCUAGUCGACGGAAACCAGCUUUUCGGGAGUCUAGAAGGAUAUCGAUAGAUAAAUCUGGAAGUUUUCUUCAGUUAAACCAAUAUAGAUUAAUGGAACAAAUUGGACAGGGUUCCUACGGGCUCGUUAAAUUGGCUUAUUCCGAAGAAGACUCCACUCAUUAUGCAAUGAAAAUUCUUUCAAAAAAGCGCCUCCUACGACAAGCUGGUCUUAUGCGGCGAGGACCUCGAAAAGCAACAUCACCUCUAGAUCGAGUUUACAGAGAAAUAGCAGUUUUAAAAAAACUCGAUCAUCCAAACGUCGUCAAGUUGGUAGAAGUACUGGAUGACCCACUUGAAGAUUCAUUGUAUAUGGUUUUUGAAUUGGUAAAACAAGGUGAAGUUCUGAGGAUUCCAACAGAUAAUCCCUUGUCUGAAAAAAGAGCUUGGAGUAUAUUUCGGGAAUCUUUACUUGGAUUGGAAUAUUUGCACCAUCAAAAAAUUAUCCAUGCCGACAUUAAGCCUGGAAAUAUAUUAUUAACCGAAUUUGGACAAGUAAAAAUAGCUGAUCUUGGCGUAUGCAAUGAAUUCCUUGGGGAUGAUGCAACAAUAAGUAAUGGAUCAACGGCUGGAACUCCAGCUUUCCGGGCUCCUGAAACGCUAAUCCCUGGACAGAACGAAUAUUGUGGAAGGGCGGCAGAUGUGUGGGCCUUAGGCGCUACUCUAUAUUCCUUAAUAUUCGGAAAUGUGCCGUUCCUAGCUGAUUCAGUGCCCUUACUGUACGAAAAAAUUAAACACGAUUCUGUCAAAUUUCCAGAAAACCACAAAGUAACUGAAAAUUUAAAAAGUUGCAUAGUUCAAAUGUUGGAAAAGGAUGCGAAGCACAGAAUCACUAUUCCCCAGUUAAAGACCAGUAAAUGGGUAACUUCCGAUGGGGAGUAUCCCUUGCCGACCGAAGAAGAAAAUUGUUGCUUGGUGCAAGUAGACGACGAAGACAUAGACUCCGUCGUGCGCAGCAUUCCUAAAUUAGACACACUUAUUUUAAUAAAAACAAUGUUAAAAAAGCAUUCAUUUGGCAACCCGUUUGUAAAAGGAAGUUCUGGAACAUCAUCAUCACUCGCGGGCUGCUCGAGGAUUGAAAGGUUCAUACGCGCAGGUCGAUCUAAUUCAGCACCUGGUUCAUAUCAUAUGCCAACAGCCAGACAGCCUUCGUCGGAUACUCUCCUGCCAUCACUAAUGGAACAUUGCUCUACUCAAUGUAAUGAAGAAACUCAUAGUUUUGAUUAUUAGAAACAGCUUGUCCAACUAUAAUUUAUAUCUAUAAGUUUACAUAGAACAAAAAAACAAAUUUUAUACUUUUGAAUUGGACAGUUUCUAAAAGCCAAAUACUUGAAAUAGUUUAAAAUAUUUCAUUUUUAGUGAUUAAAUUUACGUAUUGUGAUAAAAAUAAA